AUGGAUCUGCAGAUGGAAACUGUGAAACCUAUGGUUGUUGCUAAACUCAGACGCAAGUUUGCUAAAGUUCUCAACAUCCACAAGCUAACGGGUGGUGUUGCUCCAGAAGAGGAAAUGAAGAAGAUAAAGUACGAAACCAAGAACAACAACAACGCGAAUCUGUCUCAGUCUUUCUACAAGCUUGAGGAAGAGUAUGAGAGAAGUCUGGCUUUGGAAGCUCUGCUUGCGAAGCUGUUCGCUACGGUUUCUUCCAUCAAAGCCGGUUAUGCGCAGUUACAGCAUUCUCAGUCUCCAUACGACGCAAUCGGGAUUCAAAAAGCAGACAACUUGGUCGUUUCCGAGCUGAAGACUCUGUCAGAGCUGAAACAGAGUUUCUUGAAGAAACAGAGUGAUCCGAAUCCGGAACGGACUCUGGUUCUCGCGGAGAUUCAAGAGCUGAGGAGUCUGUUGAAAACGUAUGAGAUAAUGGGGAAGAAGCUUGAGUCUCAGUAUAAGCUCAAAGACUCAGAGAUUCUGUUUCUAAGAGAGAAGCUUGAAGAAUCGACGAAACAGAACAAGUUAACAGAGAAGAGAUUAAACCAAAGCGGACAACUUUGCAAUCCUCUAGACAAUCUUCACCUCUCAGCGCUAAAUCCAACCCAUUUCAUCACUUAUCUACAUCACACAGUCAAAUCCACCAGAGGAUUCGUCAAGAUUAUGAUCGAGCAAAUGAAAGCCGCCGGAUGGGAUAUCUCCAUGGCUGCUGAUUCGAUCCUUCCCGGUGUGUUGUAUUACAAGCAAGAUCACAAGUGUUUCACUGUCGAACACUUCGUCUCCAAUGUGAUGUUCGAGGCGUUUCAUCUACCGUACUUCUCAAAAGACUCGAGAAGCUGCAGGAAACAGAGCAAAGCAGAGAGGGAGAUGUUCUUCGAGAGGUUUAUUGAGCUCAGGUCGAUGAAAGCGAAGGAUUAUAUAAAGGCGCGGCCUAAAUCGAGAUUCGCGAGGUUCUGCAGAAUCAAGUACUUGCAGCUUAUACAUCCGAAGAUGGAGCAAGCUUUCUUCGGGCAUUUGCAUUUGAGAAAUCAGAUUUCUGCCGGCGAAUUCCCGGAGACGAGCUUGUUGUGCUCUGGGUUUCUGGAGAUGGCGAAAAGGGUUUGGCUUUUGCAUUGCUUGGGUUUCUCGUUUGAGUCUGAAGCUGAGAUCUUUCGAGUGCCCAAUGGCUGCAGAUUCUCCGAAGUGUAUAUGAGAUCCGUGGCGGAGGAAGCGUUUUUUCCGGUGACGGAGACUUCGACGGAGUCUGAGCCACGUGUCGCGUUCACGGUGGUUCCGGGAUUUAGGAUCGGAAAGACUUCGAUACAGUGUGAGGUCUAUCUCUCGCUGUCGUAA